AUGUCUUCGAACUUCACACCCCGAAGAUCCCUAGCACGACCACGACCUUCGUUAGCACACGGCAUACAUACAGCUUCGACCCCCAACCUCAGCGCCUCUUACAGCGCGCUGCAGUCAACCGGCUCACGACUGAACGGACUCUCGCGGAAAUCGUCCCUGAACGCGCUCACAUCCGGUUCCUUGGCCACGAUACCCGAUGCUAGUGAAGGAUACGGUCUGAGUACGGUGUUGGACGAGGAAUCACAGGACUCACCCACCAUUGGAAGAAUGCCGCCCUUCACCCCCUCACCCGGCGAUGUCGACGACCUCGAGAUUGGGGACCUGGUCGACGUGCCCGGCAACAUGCAUGGCAUCGUCAAGUUUAUUGGAAACGUCCAGGGCAAGAAGGGCGUGUUCGCAGGCGUGGAGCUCGACGAGGAGUUUGCUAGCAGGGGCAAGAACAGUGGUGAUGUUGAUGGGAUCUCCUACUUUACAACGUCCGUUCCCGGCAUGGGUAUCUUUCUUCCCAUCGCCAGGGCUGUAAGACGAGGAACCCCAUCCUCACAGGAAGGCUCAUUCCCCCUCACGCCUACAACUCCCUCUGCUAGAAGCAGUGUCAGAGUCGCCGGACAGGGAUCGACUUCUUUUACACCACCAACCCCAUCACUCCCAAAGUUUAGUCAGUCGCUUGGACCGGGAAGAGCACCAAGUCCUCAAUUCAAGACAAUACGACCGUCUCUGCCGCGGCCAGAGUCCCCCUUGCGAAAGCCACAGAUUGGAGGGAAGACCUCAUUAGGCACGCCUGCAAGCAAAGUUCCACCUCGAUUUGCGAGCCCCGCUCCUCAUAAGUUUGGACAGAGUGUCAGAGGAACCCAGGAUUCUCGCGAUCCAAGCAAGAAACCAGGGUUUACUCCUAGAAAUGGCAUGAAAAACAGUAUGCCCCGAAGUGCUUCGGCCAUGGGAAAUAAUCCUAUCAACUACAGUGACGAUGAUAAUACACCCGUCGGAGUAGCACGUACCACGACCGGGAGCUUCGGCUCUGUCUCUUCUUUCAAUGCGAAAAUGCGACCCGCAUCCCGAGCUAAUGACGACGAGAUUGAUCGAUUACGAGGGCAGUUAGAAGAGCGUGACAGACAGCUCAGGGAACAAGCAUCGAGCCUGGCAGAGAUGGAGAGCAGUCUAAAUGAGGUGCAAGCAUUAAUGGGCGGUUCAGACUCUGGUAGUAGGCAUAAUAGAAACAGCAUGGAGGACAAAGAUGCGGCACAAUUACGUGCAUUGCUUCGGGAGAAGAAUGAGAAGAUUGCCAUGUUGACGGCGGAGUUUGAUGCACAUAGAGCAGACUUUAGAAGCACUAUCGAUACACUGGAGCUGGCGAGCACGGAGACGGAACGCGUAUACGAAAAGCGGGUCGAAGAUUUACUGCAAGAGGUUAGGGAGUUGCAGGAUCGAAACGAAGAUGUGGAUAGUGUUGCACGACAGCUGAAACAGCUUGAAGAACUUGUGCAGGAGCUUGAAGAGGGCCUAGAAGAUGCUAGACGCGGAGAAGCCGAGGCUCGAGGCGAGGUUGAAUUCUUACGAGGAGAGGUCGAACGCACUCGUUCAGAACUACGUCGCGAACGGGAGAAGGCUGCUGCUGCCCUGAAUGGUGGAGCUAAUGGAGAAGCCGGAUCAGCAUCUAAGGAGGUCGAACAAAGAGACGACGAGAUCCGAGGCCUGAAAGCCAUAAUCCACUCCUUGAGCCGAGAUGCUGUGCCAGAUGUGGGAUCCCCGAACCCAGAUCUUCAGAAGACUCCGCCAACACCAAGACCUGGCAUGCACCGUCAACAAAGUAACGGGGUUGAUUCUAUAGAUGAACGACUUGCUCGCGAGAAGCUUGAACGGGAAGUCCUGGAACUUCGGGCUGCUCUCGAAGCGAAGGCUAACCGGGAAGACGAGCUUGAGCGUGAGCUUGAACUGGUGCGGAGAGGAAGCACCCAAAACCCACCUAACCAACGUGCCAGCGCGAUGACAAUCGGUAGCGUUGGAACAGUAACCCAAGACCACCGCUCAUCAAUCCGAGACUCAAAGGGCACUGUCGUAAGCUGGCGUGAUCGCGAAGCUCGGUCUCCUGAGACCCACAGACGAGGUACGUUGGAAACGAUGCAGGAGAGCGACGCCUAUUCUUCUGCCAAUGAGAGUUUCUGCGAGCUGUGUGAGACAUCUGGCCAUGAUAUUCUGACCUGUACGAAUAUGUUCACCCCGAACGGGAACGCCAACGGGAACGGCAAUAGCAAUGCCAAUGCCAAUGUCUCGGCACCUCAACGAACGGGCAAGGACGUUGUGAAGGAAGGCCUGAAAACCCUCUCACCAAAACCAUCCCACGAUGACUACAAACCAGCCCCUCUAUCUCCCGCUAAGAAAUCACCCGCCACAACCCCUGUCCGCAUCAUCCCCAACCCCAUGGAAUCAGGACCCGUUGCCGGCAAGGAGAGUGGGGUCAUCAACAUGGACAAGUGGUGUGGCGUGUGCGAGAGGGAGGGACACGAUAGCAUCGACUGUCCAUUCGAAGAUGCGUUCUAG